AAUAGGUAGGCCUCACGACGCCGCUAACGUCUUCGAUCGCGAGACGAUCAUUCGCCACCUUUCCCUCCGUAUCUUUUUCUCGAUAUUUUCCUCUUUCUCUUAUUUCCUGUUUCUCACGCUUUUACUCUUUCCAUCUCACCCCAACGGCUCGAGAAUGCGAGAACGCGAGUCGUAAUCUCCCCGUGUGGUCCAUGCGCGCGCGGAGAGAGAGAGAGAAAGGAGGAAGAAGAAAGAGAGAGUGCGCGGCGCUCCGUUUCGCUGUGAGGUCCAGAUUCCAGACGAAACAACACCCCGCGGAGGAUGCGACCGAGGUCUCAUCGACGAGUCCUCGUGUCCUCAUAUACGCGAGGCGUUUAAGGGUCAAGAUUAACGUUAAGCUGUAUCACUCGGCUACGGCGGGCUUGUCACCGGGGACGAGCAGCGAGACGACAUCUCUCGCGAGGGUGUGUGCGAAAGAACCGCGAGAGGACCGUACAGAGAGAGAGAGAGACGGAGAGACGGUCGAUCGAUAAGCACCGAAAAGCGGAGCGGAAAGAGCGGCCGCGGCGGCACGAGUCCUCCGGAGCCGGAGCGCGGUCCUAGAGAACGCGACGAUGCUGCGUGCGUGAUCUCGCCGGUCGUCAGAGUGACAUACGCGAUCGUUUCACGCGAUGUACGCGCGCACGCGUGCGUGUCCACACACAGGCGGGACGGUGAGGCGCGAUCUUCGUGCUUCGUAAAACACCUCCGAAUCCUCGAGGCGAACGUUUCCUCAAGUCAAGGUGGAAGGGACGCGGAUCUCCCAUCCAGUGUCGGUAUCGACGAAAAGUGGCCCUGAAAUCUCCAAGUUCCAUGUGCGAUCGAAUGCGAAGUGUGAUUCCCGAGGUACCCGGAAUCUCCUCGGGUAUCUCUCGGACCGAUCGACGUUGUCGUACAAAUACACAGUGUGCCCGAAAUUCUCAGACGCAAUAAAUCCGUUCAAUAUUAUCGCGAGUGCACGGAUAGACCUCGGUCGUUUGUGUUUGCGUUUAAUGUUCCAGAUGUUUACCAAGGAGAAUUGUUAUACAACAAAUUGUUGCAUACAAGGAUCUUGCUGAUGCGCGUUUUAAAGGAAUUGAUACUGCGGAAUUUCGGAUGACAAUGUGAAACGGAAGCGAGGAGGGCUGUUCCAUCGUACGUGGUAAUAUGUCAUUGGACGAAAUCGCAGAAUAAUGAUCUACGACACACGGCCGAAGCUGGCGACUGUCGCGGGUCAGACGAGACGCACGUGUCGUCGUCGACACGUGUCUGUACACGACGGCGGAUUGUUGCUUCGAAUCAUCCUGAUUUGUUGCUUCAUCACAGUGACCUGCGGUUCUAAGCUCAGGCAGGGAAUGAAUAGGAAGGACUUUAUGGGGUCGAAAUCAUCAAAAUAUUCAUCUCAACAUUCGCAAAUUGGUUAUUGCGAUUUGGACAUAGAGUGCGACUGGUCCUGGGACGAAUCCCAUGGUUUCAAGAAAGUCAAGGCGUCACGCACUAAUUUGUCAAGACUUUUUCCAAUCACAGACGCCAAUAAUGCCUCAAAUGGCCAUUUUUUGUGGUUCAGCGGCAAAGGUCAGCGGCAAGACGCCCAAAUAUCGUCCAAAUCGAUUCCUCGCACAGGUCCGCAUUGCCGCAUUGAAUUUUCGCUUUAUAUGGUGGAAAUGGAAAAUGGAUUCUUGAAUCUCGUCAUACAAACUAACAAUAUGAGCUCCAUUGCGGUGACAAAAAGCGGAAAUAACUCCGCCACAUGGAAAAAAAUGAGUUUCUCAUUACGUGCAAUCGAUCAACCCUAUAAAUUAUUUAUAGAAGUUUACGUACCCCAUUCUAAUGCGAGCAUCGGCAUUGAUAACCUUCGCCUAGUUAAUUGCUUUCCAGAAUUUAUUGGGGAUUGUACCGAAAAUAUGUUUCGGUGUAACAACGGCUCCUGCUUGAACAAGACCCGUGUCUGUGACUUCACGAAAGAUUGCGCCGACGGCGAAGAUGAGGCGCUCGAAUGUGACAAGAUACCAAAGAACGCAAGAUGUAAUUUCGAGGACAGUUGGUGUGGAUGGACAAAUGUUCCUGAGAGACCUCUAAAUUGGACCCUACAUAAGGGUCCCACGCCCACUGAAAGAACUGGACCUAGUUACGAUCAUACUUAUCGUAAUAAAACUGGAACGUAUGCAUUCGUAAAUAUGGCUAAAUCUGUUCCAUAUGGCAGUCGAGCUAGCAUAGUAAGUCCUCUGUAUAAUCCAACACCACCUUACAGCAGUGAUCCUAAAAGCCCUUAUUAUCGAUCGUGUCAGAUACGUUUUUUCUACAACAAAUAUGGUCCACAUAGUGCAUCUCUUGGACUGUUCUUGGUCCAAAUAAAACCAUACGCAAAUUUAAGCGAUAACUUGUGGUGGUCUUACGGUGGAGAUAAAAGCGACGUUUGGAUUAACGAAGCCAUUGCUCUACCUGAUAUAAAAUAUAGAUACUACUUAGAAUUCGAAGCGGCAAAAGGGUUUUCUCCAAAAAGUGAUAUAGCAAUCGACGAUAUUUCCCUGAGUCCAGAGUGUUUCGGCAUUGGAGUUCCACGGAAUGUUGUAGGUGACUUUAAUUAUUAUAAUCCUAUGAUUGAAUCAGAAAAGGUGCCACUGCAGCAUUCGGAUUUUAUAAAUGAGACAGUUAUCCGAAUUACUACUUGCGGGGUUAUCGGCAGGAAAGGCCCUACUCGCGAGAACUGUACAGGAAUAUAUAAUAACACGGAUGUAAAAUUGUUUGACCCGAUAAAAAAUCAGGAUGUCGAGGAAAGAUCAGCUUUGGAUUUGGAGGGAGUCCAACGGUGGACAGCACCUCGUGGUGAAUAUUACACUAUAAUCGCCGUUGGAGCACGAGGAGGACAAGGCUCGAGUAAUACCGGCCUCUCUCUCGGUGCGCUUGUUCGUGGAGUCAUAGAACUCCAGAAAGGCGAUCAACUAUAUUUUAUGAUGGGUCAAGAGGGAACGGAUGCAUGUGCCAAAAAUCUCGGCUUAAAGACAACCACUUGUCCAUCAUCGGAUCAAAUAACCGACUUAUCGCAGCAGACAACAUCAAAAGUACGACAAGUGAAGAGAAUUGAGUUUAAAAAUCCAGGUGGCGGCGGCGGUGGUGCGACAGCUAUCUUGACAUUGAAAGCAAACGGCGAUCCGGAACCUAUUCUAAUCGCGGGUGGCGGUGGCGGUUUGGGGUUGAAUCCGUCUUCGGACAAUGGAUUACAGCAUGGGCGCGGUCCCUUUCCCGCGGGUAGACAUUUAUCUACUCCGUCCCUUGUCUCAGAACGCAUGGGUGGACCCGGUGCUAGUUGGAACGGUACAUGGCCUAAUUUCCAAAAAAAGGCUUGGGGAAUGCCAUUAAUUCAUGGAGGUGUAGGAGGUCAGGGUUGCGAAUCCGGAAACGAUGGCCAUGGUAACGGAGGCUUCGGCGGAGGUGGAGGCGGUUGCCAAUCAGGGGGUGGUGGCGGUGGUUAUGUUGGCGGAAAUGCCGGGCGCAAUCAAGGAAGUGGUGAGGGUGGUUAUUCAUAUGCCAGUCAAAAGAAGCUCACUGAUGUUUAUUUCAAAGCUGCAGCUCAUUCUGGCCCGGGUGAGAUCUUCAUCAUUCCCGCGAUCAGCGGUUGCAAUUGCGAUUACCGUUGUGUCGCUCUCGAUCAAUACAUGAGCGAGACCAAGUGUCUCUGUCCUCAGGGUUGGUUGCUCAGUAACGACUCCAAAUCUUGCAUCAUGGCUGACGAUACCAAGGGUGGCCAACACACAUACAUGAUCCAACUAGUUGUAGUCAUUGGCCUGUUCACUAUUAUUGGAAUUUGCCUAAUAUCUUAUAAACGAUAUAAAAAACAGAAAGCACUUUCGCAUCGCCGUCAAGCAAUGUUUGGUAAUGGCACCGAAUUAGCUGCAUUGCGUCCAGGACACAUAUCGGAUACGAUGAUGACCGAAUUCAACCCCAAUUACGAGUUUGCCGGCAAUCUCUACAGUUUCAAGGAUUUGCCGCAAAUACCCCGAGAUUGUAUUACUUUAGUAAAACCCCUCGGCCAAGGCGCCUUUGGCAUAGUUUACCAGGGCGUGUACAAAUACAGACGCAAUGAAGAACAACCCGUCGCCGUUAAAACAACGUCUGUAUCCACGACGCACGUAGAAGCUGAUUUCAUGACGGAGGCAUUGAUAAUGAGCAAAUUUGAUCAUCCUAACAUAGUACACUUUAUCGGUGUCUGCUUCGACAAACAUCCGAGAUACAUCGUUCUCGAAUUAUUAGCCGGAGGUGAUCUCAAGAAUUUUUUACGUGAAGAACGGCCUCGUUCAGACCGAUCUACAUCAUUGACGAUGCUAGACCUCAUUAUGUUCAGUUAUGAUGUUGCAAAUGGUUGUAAAUAUAUGGAGGAAGCGCGUUUUAUACACCGCGAUAUUGCUGCUAGGAACUGUUUAUUAACCACUAAAGCACCGGGCCGCACCGUUAAAAUCGCGGAUUUCGGUAUGGCCAGGGACAUUUAUCGAAGCGAUUAUUAUAAAAAAGACGGCAGGGCGAUGCUGCCCAUAAAAUGGAUGCCACCUGAAAGCUUUAUGGACGGCAUAUUCACUACGAAGACCGAUGUCUGGUCUUUUGGCGUACUUCUAUGGGAGAUUAUGUCAUUCGGAUAUAUGCCCUACACCGGAUGUGGAAAUCCCGAAGUCAUAUCGUUAGUACGAUCCGGUGGACGUCUCGCGCAACCCACGGGAUGCCCAGAUCCCAUAUAUGGAAUCAUGAUGAGGUGUUGGUCUUCACAGCCUGAAAAGAGACCAAGUUUCGCCACCAUUUCCGAAAGAAUCGGUUAUUGUUUGCAGGAUCCUGAUGUGAUAAAUCAACCCCCGCCUAAUUUUGACAUAUUGGCAAUCUGUAAUGAAAUGGAAGGAAGAUGCAUCAACGUGCAAUCUGAUUUGGAUGGCGGUUAUAUGCAACCAAAACUCAUCGAUCCACAAUCCGUUGCACGUCGCGUGGAUCAAGCUAUGGGUAGUACCUAUGAUUCAGAAAAUGAAAAAUCGAUCGAAGACUGCAAGUUGUACGGCGGGUCUUAUACGAGAUCGACAGGAUGUCAUCAAGGGACACUCAGUUGUAACACGUACGCUUCUAGCGUGGAUGCUUUUGAGCAAAAUUACAACAGCGACAAUGAUCAUGAUGAAGAUCGUGACGAUGAAGUGACCGCCGGAGAUUGCAAGGGCAAACUCUAUAGGAUUGAUCGACAAGACAACAGGGCAAUUCAUCGAACCAGCGACAUCGAAAAGCGCGAUAACAUAGAUAACGGCAACAACCGUCCAGAGGAUGAAUGUCACAUGACUGCCAACAUCGAUAGUGCAAUAACGGAUCGUAAAAACGGCAAUGAGAGUACAACGACUACCGACACCAACAGCGACUCUCUGAUAGCGCAAUCCUCGGACACUCCGCCCGACACGAUAACGAAUUCGUCACCCAAUACGCGCACUUGCUCACCAAGUCGUAUCAUCGGCCUCAACGCUAACGUUAGUAAUGUGAACGGAAUGGUAAAGAAGAAUACUCUGAAAGCGACCCUGAGUCUGGACCCAAGCGCGCUCAGCAGAGGCACUAUCCCUUACGAGAUCACAACACGAACACGCUCAAGCACGCCGGGCAGUAUGGAACUAAGGAAGGACUCCCUGGGUCACGAACUGCCAAGGGAGGAAGAGUGCUCCUGCUGAGAUUUAUCCGAGGGGGGUUGACGAGACUGUCCGGCCGCGCUCGGCUGCAAUGUUGCUCAUCGGUUGCAGCUGCAACGAUCGGCCACAACGACUGCGAUUAUAAGGGACACGCAACUCUCCUCGCCUCUGUGGGCCCAGGACAACGAAUCACGUCGUUACUAUUCCGAGGAGACUCUACUGUGAAUGGAAAUCACAGAAAAUCACGAAUCUGUCUUCAUGGGCUUUUUUAUGGAAAUCAAUGUUGGGCGCUUUUUUCGUUGUCCGGGGGCCAUAGAGGAGAGGGGAGUUCUACGAGUUGCGAUUGAGCUCUCCUCGCCUCUGUGGGCCCAGAACAACAAAUCACGUCGUUACUAUUCCAAGGAGACUCUGCUGUGAAUUUCUGUGAAAUCACAGAAAACCGCGAAUCUGUCUUUAUGGACUUUUUUAUAGAAACCACUGUUGCGCGUUUUUGUUAACCUGGAUCCACAGAGAGGCAAGGGGAGUUCUACGAACUGUGUGUCCCUUUUUUAUGGAAAUAAUAUUGUCUUUUUUCAUGCGCGUCUAACAUUGGUUUCCAUAAGAAAGACAGGCGAAGAAGACUUCGAAAGAAAAAAAAAUUGUUACAAACAAAAGCAAAACAGGCAAAUUAUGUAUAUAAUUAGCGCGCGCGCGCGCUCGCAUACUCUGCAAGGUGAUCUCGUCGAGUAAACUUCCUAAUUCCGUAAUAGUGAUGGGACAGGAAUUUGUAAAAUUAUUGAUUCGCGUUAAUAUGGUUUUCGAGCGUGAAUUAAUCAGAGUGAUAUAACAGCUCGUGAAGUCAACGUUAAAAACGUGGAUAUGUAUUUGGAAAUUGAAGAUUGAGAAAUGUUUUUGUGAUGUAUAUACAUUUGACAUUUAAAGGUGUAAGAAACGCAGUAGUCUUGUCUUCGACAUAAAGUAAAUCCCUGGUUGGAGAUAGUACGGCCGUAUUGUCUCCUGUCUGUCUAAACAAUUAAUUAUCUCAGCGGGCAUCAAUAGGGAUUAAUUUGAUAUUAUAUGGUUAUAUUUUCGAGUCACAUAACAUCAAAUUGAUCCCUAUUGAUGCCAGCAGGAUCAUCAUCGGAUAUGGUCGGAAAAAAUGUUACACUGUAAUAUCGAUGUAAAAAUCUCCGUAGGCUGAUCGUCUACCUCGUGACUCAAUCUCUCUCUUUAAUCGAAGAAGAGACGACAAUCUGAACAUGAUCUUCGUCGUCUCUUCUUAGAUUAAAGCGAUUAAAGAGAAAACUAAUCAUUAAUGCUUUGGUGCACCAUCACUACCGUAAAGCGGACAGUGAUGAAUGCGUCUUGAAAAUAGAGAGGGGGGGAGGGAGAAGGAAGGAAAUAAAAAGAGCAAUGAGCCCUUUUUUAUUUUUCUUACAACGACGAUGUAUUUUACGUGCGCGUAGCGUAUGAAAGUCAGCCACUAUGUAUCUGUAUGUGAAACGUAAUAAAGGCGUGUUUAUGAAAGUUA